GACCAGUUAACAGAUCUAAAUUGUGUUAAUAAACAACUGAGUAAAGCCUGAUGGUGAUUUUGAGAGAGUUGCUGAUAUUGUUCAGAGAUACAGAAGAGUCAUCAUUUCCUUCUAAUGGAGUUUUGGCACAUAUGCUAUUUGAGUCUGUGUCCUCCCUUUGCAUCAUCAACAUGACAUCUAGCCAUAACAUUCAGUGAAAUACUGAUUCAAAUAACUUCUCAACAAUGGACAACUGUUCUGCUCUUCAUGCGCUUCUCAUGAUCUCCAUCAUGCCUGGCUGGCUAGGGGGUGACUUUAUAAUCUCAAAAAAACAGCAUGAGCUCCGUUCAAGUAAAAUCUCUCGCGGGUCCCAUCUGAGAGUGAGACGAGGCUGGAUUUGGAGCCAGAUAUUUGUUGAAGAAGAAGAUCCAACACCAAGAAAGAUUGGUCAGCUGAAAUCAGAUUACGACACAGGGGACUUUACUAUCAAGUACAUCCUCUCAGGUGAAGGAGCCAGUGAAAUCUUCAAAAUUGAUGAGUACACAGGUGACAUUUACUUAUCACAACGUCUGGACCGUGAGCUGAAACCCUUCUACAUACUACAAGCCCAGGCCAUCAACCGCAGCUCCAAGCAGCCUGUUGAACCUGAAUCUGAGUUCAUCAUUAAAGUCCAGGACAUCAAUGACAACCCUCCAGAAUUCAUUAAUGAGCCCUAUGUAUCCAGCAUCCCAGAAAUGUGUCCCACAGGAACCACAGUUAUCCAGGUGACAGCCACAGAUGCUGAUGACCCUAUGUUUGGGAACAAUGCUAAACUCAUCUAUUCCAUCCUGGAGGGGGAGCCCUACUUCUCAGUGGAACCCAAAACAGGUAUAAUUGUGACAUCAUGGCCUAAUAUGGACAGAGAAGCCAGGGAGACAUAUCUGGUUGUGGUUCAAGUGAAAGAUAUGCUCGGACUCACCGGAGGCUACAGUGCCACAACCACCGUGACCAUCAGCCUGAUGGAUGUCAAUGACAAUGGACCUACUUUCCAGCACAAUUUGUACACAUUUGCUAUAUCAGAGUCAGCACCAGUGGGUACCACAUUGGGAAGAAUAAUGGCAGAUGAUGGUGAUGUUGGUCUGAACGCUAAAAUGAACUACAGCUUAGAGGAUCUUGAAGAAAGCAGCACCUUCACAAUCCAGACAGACCCUGACACUCAAGAGGGGAUUGUCAUACUGGCUCAGCCACUGGAUUAUGAGAGCAAGAGGCGGUUCGUCAUUGCUGUAGAGGCCAUCAAUGAAAACAUAGACACACGUUUUAUGAGUGCAUAUGAGUUUCAUGACAGGACAACACUCAAAAUCACUGUGACAAAUGUGGACGAACCACCCAUCUUUUAUGAAACCCCUUAUAAUUGGAAAGUUCUAGAGAGUGCCCAAGCAGGCACUCAAGUUGGUACAGUCUAUGCUAAAGACAUUGACACAACCAACAAUGCCAUAAGAUACAGCAUUUUAAAGAGCAGUGACACACGACAGAUGUUCAAAAUUGAUCCCAGUAAUGGGACAGUGUAUGUGGCCAGCCUUUUGGAUCGAGAAACAGCAGCCUGGUACAACUUGACCAUCGACGCCAGAGAGAACAGUGAUGAGCAGCUUUCCUCUUCAGUGUCUUUGCACAUCACAGUCCUUGACAUCAAUGAUAACGUGCCCACCCUGUCACAAGACUAUCAGCCCUAUGUGUGUGAGGACACACAGGCAGGAGAGCUAAUUGAGUUGAUCAGUGCCACUGAUGCAGAUGAUCCUGUAGACGGCCAUCAUUUCUAUUUCUCCAUGAUCCCAGACAAACACAUCAACCCCAACUUCACCAUCAGAGACAACCAAGAUAACACAGCUAGCAUUCUGGCACGGCGGAGCACCUUUACCCAACAUGAUCGCACACACUACCAUCUUCCUGUGGUGAUCAGAGACAGCGGUUCCCCCAUUCUGUCCAGUACCACCACUCUUACCAUCAGAGUGUGUGCGUGUCAGCCUACAGGUCACUGCCCAUCGGGUGGCAAGGAAAUCUCUCUGGAUGUCAGCAUGCAGAUUUUACUUGGCCUGUCUGUUUGCCUCAUCAUACUUACAGUGCUGUCCACACUAAUGCUAGCUGUGAGAAAGUACAAGACAUUACGGCAGGAGAAAAUGGCAACACAAGAGUUGGAAACAGUGGAGUUCUCAGAGAAAAUCUUGAGUUUUGCCAUCCCAGAGACAGAGUCCACCCAAACAGUUCCUCUCCGGCACCCACGUCGGCGAGAGCACAAGCUCUGUCGGGAGGAGGUCACCACCAGUAUCCGCAUGUCUCUGCGUCAGUCUCACCUCAUUGGACCAGAAGACACAGUCUUUCAACAGUUUAUUAUGGACCGGCUGGCUGAGGCAGAUGAAGACACAUACCUUCCACCCUUUGACUGUCUGCACACAUAUGCCUUUGAAGGGACAGGGUCUGUAACGGGCUCACUCAGCUCACUGGAGUCUGCCAUAUUUGACCCUUGCAUGAGUCAAACUCAUGAUGCGGGGCCGCAUCUCCUGCCACUGUCACCCUGGCUGGGAGCAGCAGCUGACGAGACCUCAUUCUGACCUGAGAAUAACAAAAUGAUUCUAACGUUUUUUUUUUUUUUUUUAACAUACCUACCAAUACUGGAGUGACUGAACUGAAGUUUUUAGGGGUCAAAACAAAGUAGGUUCUUGAACCCUAUUCUUCUUCUUCUGCUACUACUACUACUACUUCUAAAACUUUUUGGGAAUCAGAUAAUGUAUAUUGCAGAGCCCCUAAACUUCGUAUGAUGGCCCUGUAUAGCACCAACAUUCAGGUUUACAUACACAUGUCCAUCUUUGGGUACAGGUAUAAUAGUAAUCAAAUUAAAAUUUUCGUUAAUAAUUCUGAAACUGUGUAUAAUGAUAAUGAUGUUUUGCCUCUGAUUCCUUGAGGUCUCCUGAACCUGUUGGUGAUAUACUGUUCCAUUCUGUAUAAAAUGUUUUGAACAUUUUAAAUGUUCUCUCUCUUUUCCACCUAGUUCAUACAGAAUUGCUGUGUGUAAUCUGCAAACCCUCUUGACGAUACAUUAUUAAAAUAAUUUAGAUUAAUGAAAUUGUUUAGAAAAUUAAGAAUAUAUUUUGGGUGUGGCUAAUGAGGAG